UGCAGAGAUCCACCCGGCUGGCACAGAGAAGGGCCAACAGGGGAGAGCACUUCUGUUAUGGAGCAUAAAAAGUGGCAGCUUGGAUUUGGUCUUUGGAUUUGGAGCUGGGAGCAAUGUUUGUAAUCUGUUACAUCUUGGAGCUUUGUCUGAUGAUAUCAGGUGCCUUAGCAUGUUUUUGACAUUGGCUUUGGAACUUUGGAUUAUGCAUAGACUUGAAUGUUUUGGUGAGGACCUUUGGAAUGGACUAUGACUUCUGAAAUACCCCUGCAUUGUUUCUUAUAUAUAUUUUAUUAGGAUUUUAUAUAGAGUAACCAAAAUAAAAAUAAUAAAAUAAAAAUAUGUCAAACAUCGAAAGUGGGAGAACACUUGCAUUGUUGUUGUUUGAAUCUGCAUUGGCUUGGAUCCUUGGACCCCUGCAUUGUUGUUGUUUGAAUCUGCAUUGGCUUGGAUCCUGGACUUACGAUCAAAGCAGUGAGUGACUGUUUAUAUUGAGAGAUGCAGUGCAGGGCUGUGACAGUGAGGAAGAACAGGAAAAGAAGGGGACAUAGUAUUACUCCUUCAACCCACCCUCCAUCCCCGUGAGAUGGACUAUCCUUCUUUCUCUAGCACCCCCUUGGGGCCUCCACCCAGAUACAGUAGAGUCUCACUCAUCCAAGCUAAAUGGGCUGGCAGAAGCUUGGAUAAGUGAAUAUCUUGGAUAAUAAGGAGGGAUUAAGGAAAAGCCUAUUAAACAUCAAAUUAGGUUAUGAUUUUACAAAUUAAGCACCAAAACAUCAUGUUAUACAACAAAUUUGACAGAAAAAGUAGUUCAAUAUGCAGCAAUGUUAUGUUGUAAUUACUGUAUUUACGAAUUUAGCACCAAAAUAUCACGAUAUAUUGAAAACAUUGACUACAUAAAUGGCUUGGAUAAUCCAGAACCUUGAAUAAGUGAGGCUUGGAUAAGUGAGACUCUACUGUAAUAGAACAGCACCUACCAAUGUUCCUAUCUGUUACUGUGCAAUUUUGCCAGUAACAGUUUGGGAAGGCUUUAAAGUUACAUUCUUAGCUCAAUCAAUGAAUAGUUCAAAGGGCAGUCAUAUUCAGUGCAUAAUCGUAAUACGCAUACAAAACAAAGGCACUAUAUUGAUACUUCACAGUCAUUUGAGGCUCACAACUGAACUCAAUGUGAUUUUUGUGUCUGAGAGGCAAUAAAUAUAGCCAGGCUGUUGCUAUCAGAACAGAAACAUUGGUUAUUUUUGUUUCUUGACCUUUCUCCUAAGAGCUGAGACAACAGAUUAUGAAAAGUUUUUCCCUUGUCGCACGUCAGAAUAGUUCACCUUGCUAUUGACACCAAGCCACACACAGAAGAUAGUCUUUUGUAGUUUUAUUGAGCAAAAGCAGUAUAUAUAUAAUAUCAAAGCAAGCAAAAAUAUAGUUCCCAAAGUAGUUGUAAAAUAGAAUCAAUAAAUCCAAUGGUCCAUAGGCAAAAAACAAGAGUCUAUUCCCAAAGAUACAAUAGUCCACAGGUUUAUUUAUAUUUAUUUAUUACAAUAUUUAUAUCCCACCCUUCUCAUCCAAUAGGGGACUCAGGGCGGCUUACAAUAAAAUACACAUAUAAAAUUGUACAAUACAUUGUGAAUCAAUUAAAAAGUUAUUAAAUUACAUCAGACAUUCAUAAAAACACAUAAAAUACAGAUUAAUAGUAGCAAGCUAUGGCUUUAAUAGAGGAAAUUUACAUGUAGCCUUUUCGUCUUGCUCUUUUCCCCAAAACUGAAGAUUUUAACCCCCUGUCUGCUGCCUGGAAAUGACCCAUUACAACUGGAGAAUUAUUAGUCAGGCACUGAGAUCUGGCAAGCCUAAAUUAGAAUGUUCUGGGUCAUAUAUUCAGUCUGAAAGGACUUUAAGCUCAGAAUUAAAAUGUGCUUGGAGGCCCUUUCAAUAGACAAAUGCUUUAUAUAAAUAACAAUACUGUUGCCAUUUUACUAAAUUUCCAGCCUUAAUUUUUAAAUAAAAUAAUUUCUCCAACUUGUUCCAUUUUUUCACAUAAUAAUAAUAAUAAUAAUGACAACAACAACAAUAAUUAAUUUAUUUCCCACUUCUCCCUUCUUCCGCUCAACGUGGAAUACAACAUCAUUAAGACCCCAUCUACACUGCCAUAUAAAAUCCAGGUUAUCUGCUUUGAACUGGAUUAUAUGGAAGUGUAGACUCAGAUAAUCCAGUUCAAAGCAGAUAAUGUGGAUUAUCUGAUUUGAUAAUCUGGAUUAUAUGGCAGUAUAGAAGGGUCUUAAAACAAGAGAUAAAAUACUAUUAAAAGACAUACAACAAGAUACUCUGAGUUAAAAAUUCAAAACUUAAAAUUGACCAGGUAAAGUGUGCCCAAGGGUGCGGCUUUUUAAAGUAAAUUUCCUUGUUCUUUAGUUUGCUCUCCGUCUUUUUUCUCAUACCAUGUCUUUUUUCAUUAUGUUACGUAUUGCUGCUGUCAUGCUGAGUGAAUCAUUUACUGCGAAGCAACUACUCUCUCAGUGAAUACAAGGAAAAAGAAAGUUGCUGUGUUCUUUGUAAGUUGGGCAUGGCUGCUACUGCUGCUGCUCAGGAUCCCAUAGAAAGUCUCACUGAGGAAACCACUUGUUCUUUUUGCCUGGACUAUUUCAAGGAUCCUGUGUCCUUAGCAUGUGGGCACAACUUCUGCAGAGCUUGCCUGACCCAGUUCUGGGAGAAGCCCUGCAACAAAGAGACCUGCCCUCAGUGCAUGAAAAGAGUUCUGCAAAAGCAGCUCAGGACAAAUCAAUUGCUAGCCAACUUUGUGGAAAUCACCAAGAAACUGAGAUGCCAAGGGACAAAGAGAAAGGGAGAAAGCAGAGAAAACUGUGGGGAACAUCAGGUGCCCGCGAAGCUCUUCUGUGUGGGCAAUGUACCCCCCAUCUGUGUAGCAUGUAACAAUUGCCAGGAGCAUCAAGAACAUAGAGAUGAUAGAGGGAUUCCGCUGGAGACAGCUGCUGAAGUCUACAAGGAUUUGAUACAUAUUUCUCAGGAUGCUCUGCAGAAGGAGACUGAAAAGAUUUUGACAUACAAAGCAGAGGCAGAAAAGAAAGCCCAGGACCUUUUUAAUCAGACAGAAGAAGAGAUGGGAAAAGCCUUAAAAGAAAUCACAGGAAUACGCCAAAUUCUAGAAGAACAGGAGAAACAUCUCCAGACCCAGAUGGAAGAAUUGAAUAAGCAGAUUGCAGGGAAAAAUGAUGAAAAUAUGGCUAUAUUUGACCAGAAACUCUCCUCGCUGAAAAGUGAGAUGGAAAAGAAAUGUCAGCAGCCAUCAGCAGAACUCCUGCAGGAUGUGAAGAGCCUUUUGCAGAAGGGUGGCCAGGAGAAAACCUUUAAGAAGUCAGUGGCUUUCCCUUCAGAGCUAAAUUGGAAGAUCUGGGAGUUUUGUGAUCUGACCUCCUUUCUAGUUGCUGCCAUGAAGCCAUUCCAAGAUGCUCUGUUACCUGGGCUAGAGCUUCAGAAAGCAAAUGUCACUCUGGAUCCAGGCACAGCGGGGCCCUGGCUCAUUUUGUCUAAAAAUCAUAAAAGGGUAUCACACGAAGCCAAGCGUGAAGACCUGCCUGACAAUCCUAAGAGAUUCAGCAACCGAGCUUAUGUGUUGGGAUGUGAGGGAUUCACAACAGGCAGGCAUUUCUGGGAUGUUUUUGUGGGCAGGGAGCCGCACUGGUCUGUGGGAGUAGCUAAGAAGUCAGUGAGGAGAAAAGGCAAUGUCAACAUCUCUUCUGAGGAAGGGAUCUGGGCUGUGGGCAAGCGGAAAGAUAUCUCUUGUGCAACCAAUCACCCUUAUAGCUCUGUUUUGUCUCUGAAUAAAAAGACCAAGAGGGUCCGAGUCUGUCUGAACUGUGCUGCAAACCGGGUGGCCUUUUAUGAUGCUGAUACGGGAGACCAGAUCUACGUACUCUCAGAAGUCCCAUUUUCUGGAGAGACUGUCUUCUCCUUCUUUUAUGUGGGUAGAAGUGGCAGCCUCAAAAUCUUACCUGUAGCUGGGAUUAGAAAGAUGGAUGCAGACCAGAGUAGAAGGAAAUGCUUGGUCUUUAAAUGCAAAGGAAGUAAAAGUAACUGUAUUCUUUGUCAGAUAGACAUGGCCGCUUCUGAUGCUUCUUGGGAUCCUAUUGAAAAGGAAGCCACUUGUUCUAUUUGCCUGGAAUACUUCAAGGAUCCGGUGACCUUAGAAUGUGGGCACAACUUCUGCCGAGAUUGUGUGACCAAAUCUUGGGAGAAAUCGGGUGCUACGGAGACCUCCUGCCCUCAGUGCCGGGAAAAGGUUCUUCAAAGGAAUCCCAGGUCAAACCGGCAGUUAGCUAACAUUGUAGAAAUCACCAGGAAACUCAGUGUUCAUGAGCCUAGGAGAGCAGAAGGCCAGGAAGGAGUCUGUGAGAAACACCAGGAACCCCUGAAGCUUUUCUGCAAAGAUGAUGAAACCUCAAUUUGUCUGGUGUGCGACAAAUCCAAGGAGCAUGAAGAUCACAGAGUUAUUCCUAUGAGGGAAGCUGCUGAAGACUACAAGGAUUUGAUGCGUAGUUGUCAGGAAAAUCUGGAGAAGGGAAUAGAAAAUAUUCUGGGAUAUAAAGCAGAGACAGAAGAAGAAUGCCAAGACCUACUGAAGCGGACAGAAGCAGAGAUGGCAAAGCUCUUAAGAGAAAUCACCGAAAUGCACAGGUUUCUGGAAAGACGGGAGAAACAUUUUCGGGACCAGAUGGAAUUGCUGAAGAAGCAGAUUGCAACGAAAAGAGAUGCAAACUUGGCCAUAUUUGAUCAGGAACUCUGUUCUUUCAAAAACCUCAUUCAGGAGAUGAAAGAAAAAUGUCAGCAGCCACCAGCUGAACUCUUGCAGGAUGUGAGGAGCCUCUUGCAGAGAUGUGAGAAGAAGGAAACAUUUGAGAAGCCAGAGGCUUUCCCUCCAGAACUGAAAUGGAAGAUCUGGGAAUUCUGUGAUCUAAAUUCUGGUCUAGCUGAUGUUAUGAAGCAAUUCCAAGAUAACCUGUUACCUGGAUUAGAGCUUCAGAAAGCAAAUGUCACUCUGGAUCCAAACACAGCGGGUUCCUGUCUUGUUCUGUCUGAGGAUCAUAAAAGUGUGAGAUUCGAAGCCAAGUGUGAACUCAUGCCUGACAAUCCUGAGAGAUUCAGCUACCCAACUUAUGUGUUAGGACACGAGGAAUUCACAACAGGCAGACACUUCUGGGAAGUUGCGGUGGGAAGUGAGGAGGAAUGGUCUGUGGGGGUGGCCAAGAAGUCUGUGAGAAGAAAAGGCCCUGUUGAUAUUGAUCCUAGGGAAGGGAUCUGGACUGUGGGUAAACGUAUACAUAGCUAUUCUGAUAGCCACCCUUCUAGCCCUGUUCUGCCUCUCAGUGAUGAAACCAAGCGGGUCCGAGUCUGUCUGAACUGUGCUUCAAACCAGGUGGCCUUUUACGAUGCUGAUACAGGAGACCAGAUCUAUGUAUUCUCAGGAGUCCCAUUCUCCAAAGAGACCAUCCUCCCAUUCUUUUAUGUGUAUUGCAAAGAUCCCCUUGAAAUCUCACCUUGAAGCAGCCAAGCCUGUCUCUCAGGCCUUGGGACGAUUUACAAUGUUAUGGGAAAACUAUUUCUGAAAAGGGUUCUUAAAAUGUUGAAAAUUGUUUCUGAUUUUAUUUUGAAUGCUUUUAAGAUUAUUUUAUUGACAAUAUUUUGCUCUAAGAAUUGUUGAGAGAAGAGUGGGUUUGAACUGUUUUAAUGAAUGAACACAAAUAAUACAAAAUUUCUUUU